AUGCCCGACAAGCCGCGCCAACGCAUCACUUCAAUAUCGUAUGACGCAACCAACCUCGCAGUGUCGUCCAACUUCUUCCCGUCCUACCAGCUAUUGCCAGAGGUGUCUCGCCACACUCGCCGAGCCUCUAACGAAGUCCACGACACUUACGACCCCGAAACGCUUACGACUUUUGCUAGGCAGCGCCAGCAGCACUUUGAACCUCGUCCUUCAUCUUCCCAUUCUGUCGAUCGUCCAACCUCCGCAGCUGGGUCCCAACGUACCUUGCGCCGAGCUCGUCGACAGGACGGUACUCAAUUACCACAUCGCCGAGCCUUCUCACUAGAUCACACCCCAAGACAACCUGCAAACCCUCCGCCGUCGCAUCUAAACCCAAGCUCCGCCCAACGUGCUUCAGAUCGUGCGGUCGCUGCCUUACAUCCCGCUUACUCCGAAGUACAUACAGACGAGAACGGGUCGACUAUCGACGAUCCAUACCAGCUUCUCAAUUCCUCAUAUUGGCCGUGGAGAACCACUCGUGUCUCUUCCCGCACUGCGUCGGCGAUCCUCUUCGCUCUUGAGGAAGCCAUCCGUCGUCCAAUUCCAUUUACAACCGAUUGGGACGAAGUGAAUGCUUCUAUGUCCGAUAUGGUAGGUGUGGCUGGUCCUGCUGGGCCUAUGGGCAACGGUCGCGUUCAGAAUGGAGCGCCGCGAGCUCCUCCAGCCCCGACGACAGCUCCCCCGCAACCGCCGAGUGGAAUGCGCACACCCACGGAUAUCAUGAGACAGCGCCGGGAUCGUGAAGCUCGCCGCAAAGCAGAGCAAGAGGCCCGCGACAGGGAAAAAGAGGAAUUAGAGCGACAGCAAUUGGAGCAAGAGCAGGCCGCCGUGAUCCAAGCCCAGGCUCGAGCUCAAGCUCAUCAACAGCUUUCUGGUGGUGCUGGUGCUGCUGGAGCGCGUGCUCAACGCCCAUCCAGAGGCCCAGAAACUCAAUUCAAUGCUCCUCCCCCUGGUAUGGCGCCAGGCUCUACACCUAAUUUUCGUGCCACCGCGCCGGUGCAGCCUGGUGGAAGACCCGAUUAUGGAAAUCCCCCACAUCCUGCUUCGAGUCAACCUCAGCUUGGCUCGUCUAUACCUCAAGGCCCUCCGCAAAGUGCCACUGUAGCUGGAACAGGUCAACCUACUGGGACCAGUGCUUUCUCCAAGCCAGCUCCGGCACCUGUGGGCCAGCCUGGUACCUCACAAACUCUCCAACAGCAGCCGCAGCGGGUUUCUUUCCCCCAUGCCUUUGAACGAUGGGAAACACUAUCGUCGCAUUGGGAGGGUCUGACUAGUUACUGGGUCCGAAAGAUGGAAGAGAACAAGGACGACGUGGAAGCUGAUCCGAUCAGCAAGCAACUCGCUCGCCAGAUCACGGACUUAUCUGCUGCUGGCGCUAAUCUAUUCCAUGCUGUAGUGGAACUGCAACGUUUGCGCGCAUCAUCUGAGCGCAAGUUCCAACGUUGGUUCUUCGAUACUCGCUCUGAGCAGGAACGUUCCAAGGAAGUCCAGGCAGACCUUGAACGACAACUGAAAGCUGAGCGGCAGGGACGUGCAGAUGCUUUCGCUGCUGCGCAAACGGCCGAGCAGGACAAGGCUCGCGCGGAGGAUUUACUGCGUGAGAUGCGCCGUGAGCUCCAGAUCUCCAAGGAGGAGGCUCGUCGUGCGUGGGAAGAACUUGGCCGUCGCGAACAAGAAGAACGAGAACGGACCAACUCUCUCCGAAACGGAGAACCCACUCUUGUCGGUGGUGUUCAAGUCGUUCCCAUGAUCCAGGGUGUUCCCAGCCGUCAUACCACUCGCCCACCAACUCGUGACGGUCCGUACACUGGGGCCCCCACCACUGGUGCGGAGUAUCAAGCCAAACCCACUGACCAAUCCGCCAGUCGAGGAUACUAUGAUGAUGGAGGCCCAACCUCUCCCACAGGCUCUGAUCCUUUCAUCGAACCCCGAAAACCCCAACCACCUGCCGAGCCUGCUUCGAGUAAAGCAACCUAUACUGGUGACAGCUAUGCCCACGAAAACACCGCUGCAUAUCCAGCUACCUCGGAGCCAGAUGACCGAUCCUACGUGAGCAGUGAACCCGGUGAUGAAUACGGCUUCCCCACACAAGAUCACCCUCAGGCCGGCCGAUCCUACUACCAAGCCCACUCCGAGGCAAGCGAUGAGUACGAUCAGGCUCAAGACGAGGACCGCCACUAUGUCACUGACGGCGCCUAUACCUCUGCGAGCACCACUGCACCCGUGCAAGCACCUCACGCACCUCCAACAGCAGACUACAGUGGUUCCGACUGGGGUGUGGGCACAGGUUGGGAAUCUGUAACCCCUCGCCACCGUCACCCAACACGACUCAGCGAUGUCCUCGAGGAGGAUGAACCAAGCCGCACCAGUCCCAGCCGUGCUAGCCAAGCUAGUCGCAGCAUGCAUUAG